AUGCUGCCAGCAUUACUGAAGGAGUUGUUCAGAGAGGCUGUGACAGAAAGCGAAGGUGAUCGGCUGAUACAUAUUCUCAAGGGCAAGAAGUUCAAAGGCGGCCUCCUGCAGCUCGAACUCACUUUGGACCGGGUGACUUUCGACGUCCACGCGACUCGAAACGAUGUAUUCGUCUUUAAUGCGGUGAAAUUCGUGCCAAAGACAGCGAUAGUGAAGCUCAUUCUAUUCUGUGUUGACUUCGAACCAGCUGCAGGCACAUGUGUGAUCGUUAUACAGGGCAAGCAAUGCGGCCUCAUCGGUGUCGUGCAUUCAGUCAUUAAUGGACAGGCUAUGCUAACCAAUCUCUACCACGAGAAGUUGGAUGACGAACUUUCAUCUCUCAUGCUACCUGUAACUCAGUUACACCCCCUUUGGGCAGUUGGCGAUGCGGUCAAAGUUAAGACGGGCCUCCAUGCGGGCUUGGAAGGGCAAGUGAUUGCCAUGGAUGAUUUCGAUGUCACGAUUGUUCACGCGAACAAAGUCGAGCAUGUAUGUUCUACGUACGACAAUGCUUCCAAGUACUGA